AUGUCUAGAAAUGCAUACAUUUCCCUCACAAAUGUAGUCAUUCCAGCCUGUGUAACUCGAAAGAAGUCAGCAAGAUCUUUGAUACCAAGUAAUGUUCAGCUCGCCAGAUCAGCUCGCCAUAAUGUUUGUGAAAGAAAAUCAGCAGCUGAUUAUGUGUCCAAGUACUGGAUGCUGAAGAGGGAUCAGCAUAUCAUCAGUAUAAAGCUUUUAAAAUCUCCUGUUCGCAAAAGAUCACACACUUCCUUUUUACCAAUACUUCACCACCUGUCAGACCACCAACCAUCUUCUUGUUAUACUAGAAUCACCCCUUAUCUUUCAUCUUAUCUUUCACCUCUUUUAUAUCACACCGCUCUCUGCUACCUCCUUUCCACCUUUUCAUCAAUGUCACAAUCUAUACCAACCACUACGUCUUACUCCGAUCUCCUCAACAUCAUUCACUUUAUUCAAACUAUCUUAGACGAUCAAGCCUCAUCUUCCAACAUUCCUCACGAACGACUUUUACCUUCUUCUAUUCUUCAUAUUCUAGAUGCAGAAUCUUCAAUCCUAGACGUCGAGGUCCGCGAUACCUGGGUUAAUGGCGAGUUGGACGUUUGGAUUAAAGCGACUGAAACCAGGAGUCGUAUUAUCAAUGAUCUUGAACCAAUCCUCAAAGAAUAUGGUGUAGGCCUUCCCUUAGUCAAUUAUCUUCCUCAGCGUAGUUCUCCAGAAUGGUUUUCUCUCUAUGUUUUUGUUCGUCAUACUGCCGACCUCUCUCAUGUUGUUCAUCAAAACUCUGACUUACCUGAAGAAGAUCAAGACAAGUGCCCUAUCUGUGCUGGUAUCUUUCAAGCUGGCGAUCGUUAUAUUCCUCUCUCUUGUCAUGCUUCUCAUUGGCUUCACGAGGCUUGCUUGACUGAAUUGGCGGUAUACUCUCGUGACUUCUUAUGUCCACUCUGUCGCGAACGUCCUUACCCUGAAUAG